AUGGCAAAGCAAAAACAUACAGAGCACACCGAUAACAUGAAUGACACUGGAGUUCGAGGUGCUUUGAACGGCGUCGACGAGCUGGUCACAUUCCUCGGAUCCGCAUCAUCGAACGAUCGAUUCGCUUUUUCGAAAAGGGCUAAUGUUAUUUUUGAGUGCAGGACUUGCUUCACAUUAUUCCGUAAAGCAGACGGCUUUAUGCGACAUGUGACGCGUUGCGAUAGUAGUCGAGGCGCCGAUGCUGAAUCGGAAUCUGAUCGACGAUCGUUGUAUGUGACACAAGCUCCCGUCGCCCAACCAAUGGGUAGAGUAUCCCGUGUGGUGCCGCUGAACAAGCCGAUCGCAAAUGGAAUGGUA